AUGGCUCCACGAGGACGAGGAGGAAAAUUCUCAAAGCCCACCAGGGGAGGUGGCAAGCAUUUCUCCCGUGACCUACAGCCUCUAGACAAGGAGGGAAAUCAGAUGGGCAUGUGGCGAGAAGCAGAAGAUGAAGAAGAAGAGUCCUCAGAAGAAGAGUCAUCGGAAGAAGAAUCUUCAGACGACUCCGGCGAGGGAGCUUCCGCAGCGCAGCCUCCGUCAAAUGAACUGACUCGAGAACAACGCAAAGAGCUCGCUCGUAAGAAAAAACAAGAAGCCAUUGCCAAAAAAAACCAGAAGACCGCCGCGGUAGGGGACCUGCCGAGUGACUCCGACGAGGAGGAGGAGGAAGAGGAAGACGACGAUAUGCCCGCAAACCCCAAUCACACGCAGAAGGCGAGGUCGCAGGCAAGAGCUGUUGCGGGCGCCAGUGGGGAAGCGCCAAAGAAGGCGGACAAGGAGAAUCUCAGCAGGCGGGAACGAGAAGCCAUUGCUGCCCAGCAAGCUCGAGAGAGAUAUCAGAAGCUACACGCCGAAGGCAAGACCGACGAAGCACGCGCCGAUCUGGCGAGGCUCAAGUUGAUCAGAGAGCAACGUGAGGCCGCCGCGGCGCGGAAGCAGGCUGAGAAGGAGGAAAAAGAAGCCCGUGACAAAGAGAGGUACGAACGCGAGGCCAAGCAGAGAGAAGCAGCACUGGGCACUGUGGGCGGCGCGAAGCAGGCCAAAAAGGCCAAGAAAUGA